AUAGACUUCAUGUGAUGCCCGCUGCGGAGAGGAGGGAGCGACGGAGGCGUGGAACUAAAAUAAACACUUUUCCCCAACAUCCAGACUGCACCAUUUGGCAUCGAGGUGCAUGCGGUAAAGUGCAUGCUCCCACACGGAUACCUCUCACCGGAGAACUCCAGCCCGGACCAUGGGGGAUGCUCAGUCUGCACAACGGGACGGGAAGAGCGAGGCAGAGGCGCAGGAGCAGAGCGCAGUGGAAGAUGGCCCAAGUGGAGAAAGCGCGCAUGGCAAGCUAACACAGAACAAUGGACAGAUCUCAGAGCAAAAUGGAAAGCCAGAGGGAACUUUAACAGAUGUCAAAGAUCAAGUUGCUAAAGCUGUCAUUGUGGAGGACAAAGACUCUAAAUCCGAAGCUGUCACAAAUGUCCAAAUUAUUCAAGAGGAGUUACCACAUGAAGAGGAACCUAUUGAAAUAAUCAACAUGGAUGCCAAGCAAAAUGACCUGAAUGAAAGCUUUAAGAAGUUUUUCAGCAACAUAGGGUUAAAAUUGACCGUCAAAAAAGGAACAGGGGACCAAGCGGGUGAUGAGGCAGAGAAAGAAGGAACAGAAAAACUGGAUGCUGUGGAGGAAACCGUCAGUGAGACUAAAUACGAAGAUGUUGAACAAACUACAGACUUGAACGUAAUACAAGAUAAUGAUUCAACCACAUGUCCUACGCUAACAGAAGGAACUUCAGAUGAUGCAGCUGAAACAAUAGAAGAAAAGAUUACAGAAACAAAAGAAAUGGCUGAUAAUGCUGAAGGUCAAGAAGCAAAUGUAACCAUGGAUGAACAAGAUGGUAACCAAAACCAUAAUGAAACGAUUGAGCAAUCUCCAACUAACCAAGAAGAGGAGAUUGUCUCACCAAUUAAAAAGUUCUUCACAACUGGAAUAUUUGCAGGUCUAAAGAAAAAGAAGAUAGAAGAGGAGGCAGAGGAUAAGGAGUUGGUUGAUAUGAGCAAAAAUGUCACAGAUGCAACACUGUAUCAACAAGAAAUUGUGGAAACUAGUUCUAAUAUUGAGGAACAAAAAGAGAUUGAAUGUAAAGAAGUACAAGAAGACACAAUGCAAGCAAUGGAACCCUCUGAUGAUGAAGACAGAGGUAAAUCUCCAUCAGCAGAUCAAGAUAGUGAAUCAGAAAUUACAAGUUCACAAGAAAAAGUCCAGUCGAGUCCAUUCAAAAGACUAUUUUCUGGGCCAACGUUUAAAAGACGUUCAAAAAGACAAAAAGGAAGAAGAUCGAGUGAUAGCAAACUGUCUGAUUCUGGUGAGCAUAUUGAACAUCAAAUGGUGGCAACAAGUGAAAAAACAGAACAGCAGGAUGCAGUUGUAGAACCUCCCUCCUCACCUCACCCUUCAACAACAGAACCGGAGGAAGAACUGAGCGCUUGGGAAACAUUUAAGAAACUCAUGACACCUAAAAAGAGUUUGAAAAGGGCAUCUAUAGGCAGUGAAGAUGUCCAAGUGCAAGCUGUGGCAGGUGCAGAGGAGACAAAGCCAAAUGAAGGGGAGCGGAUAUCAGAUCACAGCACCGAGGAGGGGCGGAAAAGAAAGGAUUCAUCUCAUUCAUGGGAAGCUGUUUUGUGCGGAUCGGGACGGAGGAGAAGUAGAAAAACAUCAGACUCUGAAGAUGAGCAAAAACAAGAUGGUGGUGAAGUGGCAAGUCCAAAUGAAGCAGGGGAUGCUAGAACCUCUACGCCCAAACAAGCAGAUAGUCCAUCAGACAGCGAAAGCUCAACUUGGAAAUCAUUUAAGAAACUCAUGACACCAAAAAGAAAAGUCAAAGAUGAUGAGGAAAGCAAAGAUAUUGUGCAGUCAGACAGUGAAGCAACACAAGAAGAGACAUCGUUUUCCAUAAAGAAACUACUUCCAGGUCGGAAAAAGAGAAAGUCAGGAGACAAGCAGGAUCAACUCUCCUCGGAUGAAGGUGAUAACAAGGAGGUGGUGUCAGUGGAGGAAGACUCAGAAACGCCAGCUGUGGUUCCACUUUCAGAGUUUGACAAGUCUGAGACAGACGAGGCAGCAAAGACUGACAUGGAAAUCCAAGAUAGUGACCUGGAAUCUGAACAAGAACAGAUCCUUGAGAUUCCCAAAACAUUUGUGCAAGAAGUUCAAGAAUACCAAGUCACUCCAGUAAUUCCUUUGAACCAAGAUCAAGAUGAACUCACGGAAUUCAGCAAGUAUCAACCUCUAAGUGAUAUCCCCGAAGAGGGUAAUAUCACAGAAACCGUAGCUACAUCUUUGAUAGAGGACGUUGCUAAGGAUGACACAAUAGCAGAAGAUAUGGUCGAGUUAACAUCAGAAGCUAUUACUGCUCCAGAGCCUGUGGAUAUUACAAUGGCAGAUGAGACAGAGGAGCUAAUGCUAUCAGCUGCAUCGCACUUAACAGAAUCCUCAAAGACAUCUGGCAAUGCAACACCAGUUCCUGUUGAGUAUGAUGUUAAGGAAACUGAAGUUUUGCUUAAAGAAGUUGUUAAGACAAUUUCUACUGCUACGAAAGAGGACAUAAUUUGUUCAGAGGAGCCUUCCAUGGAAAGGGCUGUCAGUUCGGUCACUCAUGAAAUGUUUGAAAGACAUACCUAUGAAGAACAUGUAAUGGAAAUACAUGCACAGUCAGAUACUGUGCCCACUGAAACAGAGUUACAAGUUGACCAACUUAGAGAUACUGAUGUCGAACUUCCAGUCACAGUCUUAUCAGAAAGUUUGUCUGAAUUCAAAGAUGCUAUUUCAACCGAGUAUACGUCUGAGGUUUCUAAAGUGGAAUUUGAGUCUGCAAAAGUAGAAAUUGAUGAAGUUCACCCUACACAACUGAAAAGGGCUGUGAAACAAGAAAGCAUAGAUGACAGUGAUUAUAUGAUUGAAUCCUUAUCUGAAGUCCCGGAGUCUGUAGACAUAGCAUCUGAUAAAAAUGCAGUUGAAGAUGUUUUACCAGAUGAGUGCCAUGAAAGCGAACUGGAGGCAGUAAGAACAGAGUCUACAGAACUAAUGUCUGAAGAAAAACUUGAAAUGGAUAAUUUAGUGGCAGAACAAUCGGACAUACAAGAAGAUGCACAACUAAUUACGUCAGUGCCAGAGUUACCAAAAGAUGAGGUGGAUUCUGUUGUGGAAAUAGACAAAGAAGAGGUGGAACAUGAAGCAUUGGUGGAGUCUGCUCAAAUUAAUGAAACAGGCCAAGUAGACCAACCAGAAGCUGAAGAGAUAAUAGAUGUGCUUUUAUUAGAGAGCGCUCCUGACUUGCACACAGAAGUAUCAAAAGAGCCAUCAAACGAGCAAACAGUGGAGGAACUUCAAGAAGUAACAGAGACACAUGUGGAAGCUGAAAUUGUAGUAGAAGAUGAUUUUGAAAUAGUCUACAAGCAAGAUGUAGAGAACACACAAGAGUCUGCACUAGAAAACCAAAACCUGCCAGAAGAUGUGACUGAAGAGGUAGCAGUGCAAGAAGAAGAAUCUAUGCCCAUGGCUGAUCCAGAAAUGAAAGAAGAAAUGAUUGAAAAUAUUGCUACAGAGCCAACUGAGCAAGGCGUUAUUGGUGAAAAUGAGCAGGAUGUAAUAGAGGAUCAAAUUUCUGAAAUCAUUGUUGAAGCAGAUAAGGAAGAAGUGUUUAUCACCGGUGCCACCACUGAGCCAGAAAGCAGAGAACAAACAGAUGACGUAGUUCCAGAGAUUAAAGUUUCACAAGUGGAAGAUGCCACCAAUGAAUUGCUUGAAGAAAUAUCUGAAGAGGAAAUUAUAGACCAACUUGUACCCUCAACAGAUGGAGGAAUUAUGGAACAAAACAAUGAGGAAGUUUCUACAGAGGCAGACCAACAAGAUGCCAUUGAUGAGUUGGAAGACAAACCACUCCCUAAAGCUGAUGCUGAUGAGGGUGAUGACAAAGUUGAAGUACUUGAAACAAUUGAAAGUCUACAUGAAAUGGUACCAGAAGAAGGGGCCAAUCUAUCAAAUGGACUGGUGAUUGUAUCAUCAACUGAAGAAUGUGAAACAAUAUCCCAACUUGAUUAUACUUUAGAUGUAAAUGGUGACCAUUCAGAAGAUAAACCAUCAGAAGCUCAAACAAUUCAAGUGGACCAUAGCCGUGAAGUUACUGAAGACCUUAAAGCCCUAACUGUUGUACAUGUGUCCUCAAUUAAUGAAGAGUCAGGCAUUGCUCAAGUACUUGAAGACACAGAUAAUAUCGAAGAAAGUUCUGAAAUAUUUGUAUCUACUACAGAAGAACCACUACAUGAAGCGCAUGUUGGUGAAAUAGAGGUCAGUACUGAGGGACGAUUUGAAGAAGAGAUACCAUGUGCAGUGACAGAGGUUGCUGAAGUUGAGCGUGCUGCACUACAGGAAGAAAGCACAGCAACUCUACAACAAGUCACUGCAACAAUGCCAGACCUUAUGAUCCAAAAAAAUAUUGAAGACAGUGAAAAAAUUGCUGAAGAAACCUCUAUACCAUGUGUAGAUAAUGCAGAGGUCCUCGAUGUCCCAAAAAAUGAGGUACAGUUUACUGAGGUUGAGCAAGCUGGUAUUCAAGGAGAAAAGGAAGAAGAAAUUGUACUCCCAGAGAUCACAAAUGUGGAUGUACAGCACACAUUGGUGGCACAACAGGCUACAUGCACUUUCAAAGAUGUUGCAUCACAUGAACCUGAUGUAUCCAUUGAGAAAACAACAACAAUACAUGAAGCAAUUUUCAGCACGGUUGUAAGUGAGCAAGAAGAAAAGGAGGCCAUUGAAACAACAACACCCUUGGAAGUAAAUACCAUAACCCAAGUGGCACAAAAAAGUACCGAUGUUGUUCUAAUGCAUGUACCAGGAUUAGAAUUUGAAGAUAAUCAUCAAGUCCAAGUACAAGUGGUCAAUAUAGAUAUCCAGUCUGCAGAGACAAGAGUGGAUACUGCAUUGGAAAUAGGUGUUCAAGAGGACAAAGAAGUUGUGGAUUCUUGCUUUGAAACAGUUGAAAGAGUGGACAGUUUUUCAGCUAUCUCAAAUAUCGAAGAAGAGAUGAUGAGUGAAGAGGAUCAGGUGGCUAUUCAAGAAGUUGUUCAACAUGUAAAAGAGUUGGCCCCUGAAUCGGAGGAGCAACCAGAAGAUAAAAAACUACAAAUUGAUUUAGUUGACGGUAAAUUAAGUGAAGAUCAGAAAAUGAUUGAGUCUCACGAUGAGAAGGCUGACGUUGCAGCUAAACGAGAUUCUGUAAUGACAACUAAAGAGCAAGUGCUUACCAAAAUGGAUGAUGAUGACAAAGAUCAACAACCAUCCGCACAAAAACAGGUUUCAGCUCCAGAUAACACGGCAGUUGCAGUGCCUCAAAAUACAGGGGUCAUCUCAUCUGUUGGUAACAUAGAUGCUCCGUCAAGUCUUUCUUUAGAGUUCAAGCUAAAUAUACAAUUUGGACCGAGUAGGGGACCAACUUUACCAUCACCACUCACCCACUUUACAGCUGAGCAAAGUAUAUCCAGCUCACCACAAUCACCAGAAGCAGCGCCACCUGUUGACAGAAAUAAGCCUGCAAAAACAACAGAGAUGUCUGAAGUUGGGGUCCAAGUGGUAGAGGAAAAAAACAAACAGGAAAAUGAACUACAAAGAUCUCAAAUUGUGAUGGCAGAGGCAGGAGUCCAAGCAGCUGAGACAACGGAAGAGCCAGAAAUGAGGGAGACACUUAAAAAUGAAGAGUUGAUGGAUGUUGGAAUACAAUAUGCUGAAAUUGAAGAACUGAAUAAAAAAACAAUUGGAGAUAUAACAGCUAUCGAGAUUACCCAAAACAAAACUGCUUUGAUGGAUGUUAGCACCCAGUCCACAGAAAUAUCUGAACAAAAUGAAGAAGUCAAAACAGAAGAAACUGCAGAUGCCGAUGACCAGCCAGUCUUGACAGAUGUUGGUACCCAAUCCAUCCACCAAGAAGAGAUUGCGGAGAAUGUUAAAACAACAGUAGAGGAUAUUUCUACUAUACAAAUUACUAGAACAGUGCAACCAGAACAGGAUAUUGAGGAAAAAGGAGUUGUAUUAACUGAGUUGGUUGUUCUUCAAGAUUCUGAGGAUCAAAGCAAACAAACGGAAGAUGAAGAUGAGAACCAAGAGGUAUGGAUGGACGCAGAAGAAGGUAUCGAUGAUCAAGAACAAAUAACAACAGUGCCCCUAUGUGAGAUUGAGGAGUCUUUUGAAAGUCAACCAGACUAUUUCCAAGAAACCAAAACAGAUUUUGAACAAAGUCUAGAAAACAUAAAGAAAAUUGCUCUCAAGUGUGACAUUGACAGUGAGGGGGAAGAUUUUGCAGUCGCACUUGAAGAUCCCCAAAUUGAAACAGCCAUCGCUACAGUUGAAUGGGAUUAAAUCAGCUACAACAGGCAAGUCAGAUUUGUUUUUUCUAAAUUACAUAAACAAAACUAUCCACUGAUUAAACUUUGACUCAUUGAUUUUUUUCAGGUUGAGGAAUUGGCAGGAAAGACAUACAUUAAUGUUGAAGCCUUAAAAUCUGGAAGACAUAAAAUGGGAAUCAACCAAUUAUGUCUGAUAAUCACUGUGGCUCAGAAUGCAGCUUCUAUGCUAUCUUGCACAUAAUUUACAGCCCAGUGACAGUGAGUGAAAAUGGUGUCCAAGAUAAAAUCUUUUCUCCCAGAUGCAAUCAAUCAUAUUUAAUCAUGUUGGAAAUCAAAAUUAGGCAGUGGCUAUAAAAAAAUGUUGUAACACAAGCUUCAUGAGCUUAACUGGACAGAACUACACUUUAUUUAAUAUUUCAGAGUAAGAAACAGUUGCCUUGAAUUCUAGUUCUCUUACAAAUAAUAAGAAAUGCUUAUGCAUUUAUAAGACUUUAGUUGGAAAACAUUAACUGGAAUAAGAUCUCAGGGGGAACAAAGUUUAACACUGUACUACAUCCUUCAUGCUGUGGCCUCCUUAUCUUAUCCUUUCAUAGAAAAAUGUACCAAUGUUGGAUACAGGCAAUAGUACACACACAUCAUGACCACGUCAUCAAAUAUGCCUUAUGUUAUGGCCAGUGACCACAUGCAUUCAUCAUUAUAAUUUGUCUAAUUUUGCCUUUUACCUUUCAUUAAUUCAAUAAAAUAUCAAGAUAUGAACUUCACUGUGUUCUAUCCACAUCACGUCAGUGGUCAUAAUGUAAUAUCUAAUUAGUAAAUCUGUAUUUCUUGUUAAUUAUGCAUUCUAGCAAUGGCUACUUUUGUAGAUAUCUAACAUUAUACCUGUCUAUAGGGAACGUACGAUAUUCAAAAUACACUAAAGUGCUGUAUAUUUAAAUGUAUAUUACGGCUUCGCUGCAUAAACGCACCUUUUGCUCUUAAGGCAUUUUCUACAUUUU